GCAGUGUUUUUGGUUUGUGGAAGAGCUACGUCUAGAACCUUGCAUAGCGCAAUAGACUGUGUUCACAGCUUACGGCUUCCUAUGUCAUCAUGUAUCCUGUAGAGUCUGUCAUAUUGUUCAGGACCAUGACUGGGUUUGAGUAAACAAGACUAUUCACUUUCUAUCACCACCGUCACUAGCGCCUCGUCUACUCUGACAGGAGGACCGUGCGCACGCGCUGGAACGAAACGCGACGAGACCACCUCCAGCUUCAGGAACGUCAACGCCAGCAUCAACUUAUCUUUCUCUUCCUCGCAAAACACAUCCAAUUCAACAUGGCCAAGACGCGAAAAAUCUCAAAGACUUCCCUGAAGAGCGCAGAACCUCCUCCUAAGAGGGCAGGCAGGCCUCGUAAAGCUACGGUGGCUAUCGAGAAAGCAUCAACGGCUGAGCCGCCCGUGAGGAGAUCUACGCGCGCCAGGAGUGCGGCUGCCCCAGCGAACAAAUCACUAUCUCCACCGCCUCCAUUGCCUCAACCACCAAGACCUUCGAGCAGGAAACGCAAGGCCGACGAGAGCAUAGAGCCUCCGGUUCUCAAGAAAGCACGUGGCCGACCGAAAGUCACGAGUGCGAAGCCUGUCAGCAAACCCAAACGUGGUGACACUGCUGUGCAAAAGUCCACCACUAAAGCACGCGCCAUCGCAACGAAGCCAGCCGCCAAAGAAGCAGCUGCUCCAGAACGCGAUCAUGACAGAGAAACUGCAUUUUGGCUCAUGAAAGCUGAGCCGGACUCCCGCAUUGUCAAAGGCCAAGAUGUCGCGUUCUCCGUUGAUGACCUUGCCAAUUGUGAACACCCGGAGUCGUGGGACGGGGUCCGCAACCGUGAAGCACGAAACAACAUGCAGAAGAUGAAGAAGGGCGACAAAGCGUUCUUCUACCAUUCGAAUACUCGCAAUCCCGGGAUUGUAGGCGUCAUGGUGAUCGUUGAGGAAGCUGGAGUUGACUCGUCUGCGUUCGACAAGGAACAUCCGUAUUAUGACGCAAAGUCGAACCCGCAAAGCCCGACCUGGUACUGCGUUAAGGUUGCCCUUGAGGAGAAACUUAAGUCUCUGGUCUCUCUCGACAUGCUCAAAGCGCACCGGACCGGCGCUCUCUCAAGCAUGGAAGCUCUCACAAAGACGCGCCUCAGCGUACAGAAAGUCUCACCAGCAGAGUGGGAAUUUGUCCUAUCUCUCGCGAAAGACGCCGCCGCUGCCGCUGCUGCAGAGCACGAAGCCGACCUGGAGAACGCAGUUGAAUCGAUGAGCGAUCUGGAAGAGCUCACGGGCGAGGAGGCCGCGGAGCUACCGCAGGUAUCAAAUGGAGAUCUGCAGGCGGAGUUGGCCACUGCAGACCGCAUGCUUGCUGCUGCGGACGAGACUGUUGAUAACUCCGAGCAGCACGGCGUAACGCAGUUCUCCGUCAACGCCAUAUCUGCAUCGGCGCUCCUCGAGCCGCACACCUACCUUGCGACUGAGGAGAGGGAAGAAUUCACUUCUAUCAACCUGCUCGUUUGAUGAGACGCAGUUGCGCAACGCCAUUCUUGUCCUCGCCAGCUUAUAUACCUACGGUUCGAGAUGAUUCUUUCCCUGACUCUCCGCGCUCUCGGACUCUUCGGCAUCAGCUAGAGCAUAUCACGAAACGGCUGCAAGGAGAACAGGUCUCACUAGAACCGAGUAAAGUCGCUGGAAAACGAGACGGAACUAUUACGUCCUACAUAUGAACAUCCUGUCCCAACUAGCGCUCCGAGUAGAAUCUCAAAAAGAAGAGAGUCGGACUCUUUAUUCCCUUCAGAACCAACCCUAUAAAUUCUCCCACCAUAGUGAAAUACCCAGCCACACCCAGGUUCAAUAACCUUAACCACUCCUAUAGCUUAAGAAAGUACCCACCGUUUAUUUAAAGUUGAAAGAAUAGAGUCUUCUUAUUCAUAUUCUCCUAGUCGUUAGUCUUGGGA